AUGACAAUAUUGGGGACUCGCAUUGCAAUUCUCUCUUUAUGGUCAUUGGUCAUUGUCUCAUUAGGUGAUAUGGGUGAUACUGAAAAUCUUUUGAAAUUCAAGGACUCAUUAGCAAAUCCUUCAUCUCUUAGGAAUUGGAAUGCUUCCACUAGUCCAUGUAAAGGAAGCAUGGCAAAUUGGAUUGGUGUGAUUUGCGUUAAGAAUAAAAUAUGGGGUUUACAACUGGAAAAUAUGAACUUACGAGGAUUGGUGAAUAUUCAAAUUCUCGACAAAUUGCCUACGUUACGUAUUAUAAGCCUCAUGAACAAUGAUUUCGAAGGCAUAAUGGUUAAUAUACGGAAACUGGAAGCAUUGAAGGCAUUGUAUUUAUCGAAUAAUCGUUUUCAUGGUGAGAUUCCUGAUGAUGCAUUUGAGGGUAUGAGAUCGUUAAAAAAAGUGUUUUUGGCUAAUAAUGUUUUUUCGGGUAAAAUUCCAUCCUCCUUAACGGUGUUACCUAACCUUGUGAUAUUGAGACUAGAAGGGAAUCAAUUUGAGGGUCAUAUACCUGAUUUUAAGCAAGAAUUGAAGGUGGUGUGCUUGGCUAAUAAUAAAUUGGAAGGUCCUAUCCCUAAAAGCUUAAGCCGUAUGAGUGCAACCAUGUUCUCGGGCAACAAGAAUUUAUGUGGGAAACCAUUACAAGCAUGCACUUCCUCUCCACCUAGACCGCCUCCUUCGUCAAAAGAAAAAACACUAUCUUCAGUAAAAAUAGCAUUGAUUGUGUUAUCCACAGCAUUACUAUUACUCAUCAUAGCAAUACUCAUUCUAUUCCUGACUUGGAGGACCCAAACAGAGUCUCAAAAAGCAAACGUGGUGAAUGAGGCAAAAAGGGUAUCUAAAAGUGGGAGCAUGGUGAAGGCAGCAGGUUUCGAACAUGGAUCGACAUUGAUGAUCUUAAGAGACGGUGCCCAAAGGUUCGAUCUACAAGACUUGUUAAAGGCAUCGGCUGAGGUACUUGGGAGUGGGAAUUUGGGGGCAUCGUAUAAGGUUGAAAUGGAGAAAGAUGACGGGGUUGUUGUUGCAGUGGUGAAAAGGUAUAAACAAAUGAAUAAUGCAGGGAAAGACGAGUUUUAUGAACAUAUGACGAGGUUGGGGAAGUUGAAUCAUAAAAACUUGUUGCCUCUUAUGGCUUAUCAUUAUAUGAAAGAGGAGAAAUUGUUGGUUUCUCAAUACACCGAUAAUGGUAGCUUGGCUACUCACCUUCAUGGCAACCCUUGUGAAGAUAAACCAGGUCUUAGUUGGCAAACUCGACUGAAGAUCAUAAAAGGUAUAGCUAGGGGUUUAAGUCAUCUAUACAAGGAGUUACCCACCUUAAUACUACCCCAUGGCAAUUUAAAAUCAUCCAACGUACUUUUAGACCACACAUUUAAGCCAUUGAUGUGUGAUUAUGGGUUAACACCAUUGAUCAACCAAGAACAAGUUCACAUGUUCAUGGCUGCUUACAAAUCACCAGAAUAUGCUCUAAAAGGUCGUGUUAGCAAGAAAACCGACGUCUGGUGUUUAGGGAUAUUGAUUUUAGAGCUGUUAACGGGUAAGUUGCCAGAGAACUAUGUGCAGCCAAAGUAUAAUAGUAAAGCAAAUUUAGGCAGUUGGGUGAAAGAGAAAAUGAGCAGUGAAUCAGUGUUUGAUGAUGGGUUAUUGGGAACAAAGGAUGAUAAAAGGGAUGAAGUUAUGAGUGUUUUAAAGAUUGGGUUAAAGUGUUGUGAAGAGGAUUUGAAUAAAAGACCUGAGUUGAAACAAGUGGUGCAAGAGAUUGAACAAUUGGGUGAUGAUGAAGAUGAAGACGAA